AUCAGUAACUAUGAGAUCGGCGUACCUGCCUUCUACAAUCACAUAACAUGAACACAGUUGCUGCGCAGAAGGAGGUCAGUGUUCCUCUGAUCUUCGACCCAACAAGAGAUGCAUUCAGACCACUCCUUGAAGCGCAUCGUGCUGAGAUUGAGAGCAUAAAGCGUCGAACAUUCAAGUUCGGACCCACAGAAAGACACCAGCUUGACGUAUAUUAUCCUCCGGCGGAGAGCCAGACGACAGGAGGCAAAUGUCCGGUCCUAUUCUUUUUCUAUGGCGGAGGUUUCGUGGGAGGCACGCGGGCCUUCCCUCCUCCAUACGACCUCGCUUACGUGAAUCUCGGCGCAUUCUUCGCCAAGCGAGGGAUAUUGACGGUUAUACCAGACUAUCGUCUGGUUCCCGACGUCAAGUUCCCUGAACCAGUGGAAGACGUCAGGGAUGCUAUUGCCUGGUGUGUCGCGAAUGUGGACACGAUCGCCAAUGAGGACACCGUAGCGAUCGACUUCAAGUCCCUUUUCGCAAUGUCACACUCUGCAGGGACCGUACACCUUUCCACGGCCCUGCUCUAUCCGGGACUUCUCCCUAGCGACCUGCGAUCUCGCUUCCGCGGCAUCAUCUUGAAAGGGGGCGUGUACCGAUUCUCGCCGGACACGAAGUUGGCGGACCCUGCUGCUCUCGUGGACCUGUUCGGUUCUUGGGAUAACGUACAGGCAAACACGCCGCUUACGCUUCUCGAGCAUGCCCCGAGAGAUAUCAUAGACAACUUUCCAGAUACCAUCAUGUUGGCCAGCGAGCGUGAGCCGGACGGUCUCAUUGCGUCAAACGAGAUAUUUGCGGAGGCGCUGAGGGCCAAACUCGGGAAGGACGUGCCGUUUUUUAUAAAUAAAAGGCACAACCACAUCAGUCCGGAUUGGGCGCUGUUCAGCGGGGAGGGCGAGGAGUGGGCAGAGGAGGUCACACAAUGGAUCAAUAUGAAAUAUGCUAGCAAAUAAAGAAAGGUGUACAUAGCAGGCUAGAACAGUGUAACAGUACUUUGGUUUGCUAUUGAUUUGAGCGCUCUCGCUCAACUCAAAUGGUGAUUGUA